UGAAUAAAAAUCUCAAACAAAACUACUUUAUCUGAUGGACGGCCGGCAGCCCACAGAUUGGUAUUGAUUCUGAAAAUAUAUUUGACAUUAAUAAAAUGGACUUCUCUGGAUGCUGUUGCCAACUAGAUCUAGAUCUAGAUUAGAUCUAGAUCUAGAUCUAGAUCUAUUGACUUCGACGUGAUCAAGAAUUUUUCAAAGGAUCGUGCCGCUGAUUCUAUGAACGACCAUGGAUUCAGAGAAAAUCGAAAGGCUGCGAGAGAGACUUCUUCAGUGUGCAGUGUGUAUGGAUGAAUAUAAAGAUCCAAGAAUAUUACCAUGCCACCAUACUCUAUGUUUUGAGUGCAUAGAAAGUGUUGUCCAGUCCUCGUCUGCUUCUGGUCGAUUUUUCCGCUGCCCCCAAUGCAGGUCUGAUGUCUGUGUUCCCCGUGGAGGAGUGGGGGAUAUGCCGAUUAAUUUUUACAUCAUCAGUCUUCAAGAUGAGCUUGGAGCAAAAGGAUAUGCAGGGAACUGUGAUAUCUGUGAGCGUGAUUGGCUAGUGUCGCAAUUUCGCUGUAUUGACUGUGACCUGGACAUCUGCAGAUUCUGUAUUCAUGCACAUCGGCUGGAGACUCACACUGAACCUCCAAAAAUCUUGAGAAUUGAAGCCAAAGCAAAUACUUUUCAAUUUGCUUCAAAUCGUGUUUGCAGGGAACAUGCAGACGAAAUACUUCAGAUGUUCUGUUGUACUUGUCACGAAGCCAUAUGCGUUACAUGCUCUUGUGGUGAUCAUAAACGGCACAAUGUGGUUCCUAUUACUGUUAAACUACAAGAAUCUAAAACAUAUCUACAAGCAGAAUUGGACCGCCUCACCACAGAGAAACGAAGUGCGGUUAAAGUUGCUGAGCUCAUCCAGAAGACCAAAGAAGAAGUGGUGGAAGUGUCAAAUCGCUCAAUGCUCGCUUUGGAUGCUGCAGCCCAUAGAGCCUGUGCAGCCAUCAUGAACAGAAAGUCAGAAUUGAACAAGCAGAUCCUGCAUUCAGAGAAAGGGCAGGUGAACAGCAUUGCUGAUGCAAUGAACGAUUUUAAACUUUACACUCAGAGACUUGAUCGUGGUUUGGCUUUUUUGUCUGACUUGCAAGAUAAUGACAUAUGUUUGGAGGUUGUGGACACAUACAAAGAUUUUUCAAACAAAAUGGAGUCGAUGCGGAAGACUUUUGCAUCCAAUCACGUUCGUUUACAACAUAAUAUUUUCACAGCUUCUGACCAUACAAAUACCAUAAAGCUUCCAGGUGGACUCUCAGACCAUUUUAUCUUUUAUGGCAAGCUUGGACACAUGUCCUGGAAAUCCUUUUGUUUGUCUAUAGAUCCAAGAUCUUUAACAGUAACAAAAAGGUUAAGAGGGGUGUCUCGUUUAUCAGAAAGUGUCAUAGUUAAGCGUUUUGCUCAAUGUAUUUUUGCUUUCAUUGUGUGCCAGUUUAUUCUUUUCAUUUGGGACACCACAGGGGCUUAUGACUUGAUAAACAGCCAGUUUUGUGCCUUAUUAUUAGUUUUGUCUAACAUGCUGAACUGGUAAAGUCCUUUGCGGAGAAAUUGAAAGGGACUGCUGUUCUCACUAGUAGCACUGCACCUUUUUGUUCAUCAACAUAGAUGCCAGAUCAUCAAAGUCCAGAUCUUCCAUUUUCAUUGCUAGUGUCCUUUGAAUCCCUCUGGCGUGUUGGGAAGUGUUUUUUUUUCAUAAUCCAGUGUAAUGUGACUUGGAACAGGAAUGAGGUCAGCUAACUACCUUACCUAACUUUUUGUCUCUAUGUCUCCAAUGGAUCGUUCAGUUGUCCUCCAUUCACAUUCAUGGGCUGCUGGAGGGAGCCACGAGUAAGACCUGGAGGUUUUCUUUCUCUUACUGGUAUAUACUUGAACUGUUUGUCUAUCUUUCGUUAUCUGUGCAAAAAAAGAGACAUUUUUCAUGUGCAUUUUGUUUGUUCAAAUCUUGAUCAAAACUAUUCACAGUAUUAUUAAACUACCAUACUGGUAUUCGUAAGAGGGAUAACGGGUUUAUACCUUUGUAAUCCUUACUUUCCUGGAAGUUUCCUUUCUUUGGCAUCCUAACAAAGUAUCAUUCUUUUCAGUUUUGGGGUAUCUUGCCUUAGUCCCCCAAAGUAUUUCUCAGCCAUUGUGUAGUCUCAGCAGAUGUUUCUACCUCUGGUUUGAUUACUUGCUGUAGUAUUCCUUCUCAACCUAAGGCUUUGCCUGCUUCUGCAGAGUUAAUGAUCUUUUUCAUAUUUUCUACAUCUGUUUUACAGGUUGAAUAUCAGGGGAUAGUGCAGGCUCUGAUCUAUUCAGAAGUUUCCUGAAAAUGUUCCACCCAUCAUAUAUUCUGUUUCUCUUCGCUUGUAACAAUGUUUCCAUUCUCGUCUUUUAUUGACAUGUCUUGAUUCUGGAGCUUAUCUUCUCUUCUUUCUGGUCCUGUUUACCCCUACCACAGUUCUGGAACCAGUUGCCUUCUCUAAUUCCUUUACCAAUUCUUCUGUGUAGCUUCUCUUAUUUUCUUUGACAUUUGCAUUUGCAUCUUUCAUAGUUUGAGAGUAUUCCUUUAGAGCCGCUCUAGUUUUGUUGUUGUUUAAUACAUCUUUCUUUCUUAUCCUAAGUCUUAGGUGCUCAUAGUGAUUCUUGAUUUGAACCAGUAUCUGUGGUGCAAUAGCUAGGCUUUUCGCAAUUGCACACAAAGGACAUGAGUUUGAUUCUCAGGUUGAGGAAUUUAUUUCUUUGAGCAUCUCUGUCUUUUGCUAGCUUUCUAAUUCUUACUCUUCCUUGAUUGACCUUGGCAGGCAGAGCUGAAGUGGCCCACAUCUAUUGUAUUCGCAGGGGUGUCAAACACUUACUACAUGGUACUAUGGCUCCUGAUUGCUUUUGCUCUUUUCUAAUGUAUCCGGCAUACCAUUGUCCAACAUAUCUUGACCGUUUUCUAGUUUUGCAGUUUUACUUCAGAGUUCUUGCUUUUUUUAGGGAUUUCCUUCCUCUGUGGCUGCCAACACUGGCAACAUGUUCUUUACAGUGUUAUUUUCUGGGAUAUGUCCCUUUAUGAUUUCACUUUGCAUUUGAGUCUGCAGUUAGUGUUGGAGGAUAUUUUUCUACUUUUCAAAUGAGUUUUUCCAAUCAAAUAUAAAUAGUCUAAUAUGACUUCUGCUUCCUUGCAUACUGAAAUUUUGAGAAUUUCUAAGGGUCUUGUUACACAGAUGUGGUCUGUCUGAUGCUCAGUAUAGUUGCCUGAUUAUUCAAUCAUGUUUUGAAUCUAAUCAAGUGGCAAGAUACUUCCUGUUAUCAAACAGUUUCCCUUUCUCAUUCAUGUCACCAUCCCUUUGUCAAAUGUAAAUUAGUUAAUGUUCAUAGCUUUGGUAUGAAAUAUUUAUAUCAAAACUAUUGAAAUGACAAUCAUUCAUAUAUAUAUGAACCCCCCCCCCCCCAACAUUUUCUUUGGCUAUGUACCUGUAGCACUGCAUGCUUUACUUAUUUUAUUUGAACAAUAUAAUCUUUAUCAUAAAUUUUGUAUGACCUUGACAUGCCCAGAAAAAGAGCUGUGUAAGUAGUUUAUAAUUAAAUUAAUACAGUAUAUGUACUGUCUUGUUCAUACUUUGGUAAUAAUAGUCUUUACUUUCAUUUCUAGAUAGAGGCUACUUGUUAUCGACCUCUAAUUAUACUUCUUUUCUUUUUUAAUGGUAAUGGUAGUUCCUCCUGGGUUCUUAUUUAGUUUUACCUUUAGAGAUUUUCAUUUUUGUUGCGUUAAUCACAAAUGGACUUUUGUUGACAGAUGAUAUUUCAGUAUCUUUUUUUAUUUCUUGCAUAACUGUUACCAUAGCCCAAUUGUAUUUUUUAUUUGAACUGUGGGUGAUUUUUUAAAAUCAGUUUGUGAUCUAUUUGAUAGUUUGUUUUUGUUGUGCCGGCUUUCUUGGCAGUCUACUGUAAACCCUGCUUGAUUGAUCACAUUCUACUUCUAUGAUCCAGGCUGUCGGCAGUAAGUUCCACCUGAUUGGCCAGUCUACCUGUGCUGAAAGGUGGGGUAGGGAUCGCAAGUGACCAGGCUCUGGGUGCAUUUAGAUCAAAGGUGGUGGUGUUUACUGUUGCGGUGUAUUGAUGGGUGGACUGUUUCAUUUUGCAAUGGUAAAGAUAAUUGACAAGUGAGUUAUGACAAAAAGUGACUAAAUAGGAUGAUGUCGACGGCCAGGCACUGGAUACAUUUAGAUAAAAAACGAUCAUAGAUCAAAUGUGCAAGUUGCAUUUAGAAACUGAGAGAUUCAAUGUUUCAUUCACGUGCAUUUUGAAACCUGAAAAGAUGUAUUUGAAAGAAUUUUAAAACACCAUCCUUCCUACAGAAGAAGCCUCCAAGACAGUCCCAAGCCUGUAUAAUUAGUAUAAAAACAGAUAGACCAUCAAGCAGAACAGUUGUCAGGCUGGUUAGGUGGUAGACAAUCAAGGAGAACAGAAGGAUUGUGGUACAGAUAGACCAUCAAGCAGAACAGUUGUCAGGCUGGUUAGGUGGUAGACAAUCAAGGAGAACAGAAGGAUUGUGGUAGACCGUCAAUUGAUUGGCACAGGUUUUGUAAUGCCACUGUUAUUUUUCUUAAUUUACUUUACUUUAAAUUUGCUCUUUAUUUGUUUGGUUUUACACAUUUUUCAGUUUAUUUUUUAAAAUCAGGUUUUGGAUGUCAAAGCUCCAACACCAUGGAAUAUUAAGGUUCUCAGAAAGUGGAUGUGGGUAUUUAUUGUUCCUCGAUGGAAUGUGUUUCAUAUUUUCAAGUAGGUGGCACAAUUAUGGUCCCUUAAUGUUUGUUUUAUGCUAAUGUCUUUCACCAAUUUUAUCUUUUAGAUAAGGUUUGGAGUAUACAUUUUUCUGAGAAUACAAAAUUACAUGAUUUGCUGUUUUCUUUUCUCUCUUGUUCCAACUGUGAUUUACCAAAAGAUGUCUAACCUCUUGAUUUUUUUUUUCCGCAUCUGUGCAAAAUUAGAUCUUGUGAAUACCACUUUGUUGUACAAAAAUAGAAAAAUUUUUCUUGCACAGGAAGACAUUACGUUCUUUUCGUGAUGUGCUUAUAUAAACAUAUUGGUGCCUGUCCAUAGUUUUGAAAAAAAAAUUACUUCCUUUUAAAAUUUUGAGGUAAAGUAUAGUGACUGUAUAGCAAAGCUGAGUUCUGAAGAAAGAAAGAAAAUCUAUUUGAACUAUUUGUUUUCUUUUUUCUUUUUAAGAGAAGGCAGUUAUAGGGUGAUUUAUGAUUGAUCUGAGUGCCAUUUCAAUUUAAUUUGUGUUGGUACUUCUCGUAAUGAAAAGGUAGUGAUUACUCCUCUGUUUUGUGGUUUACUCCUUUGGUCCAUGUCAGUGAAGAUUUAGUUAUUAUAUGAAACUAGUUGGACUAAAAUUUUUAAGAAUGAUAAUAAUAUGGAAAAAUAGUUCUUGAUGAUAACUUAAACGGACUUCUUGAUUUUGAGCAAGAAGCUUUAGUACAUGACAAAAGUGGACAGAUUGGUUCAGCAGCCACCAUGCAAUUAAUUAACCGAAAGUAAGAGCGUUUCUGUCUUUUAGCCGGAAGCAUUUGAAAAAGAAUCUGUUUAGUUGAAUUUUUAUUUUGUUUUUUUGUAAAGGUCAUUACAGUGCACUUCAUUCUGUUCUAGAUAUUUAAGUGAUGCAUACAUGAUUUGGAAAUACUUUUUGCUUGAAGUUUUCUUUCCCUGUUAAUCUAUGAAUUUACUACUCAAAUAUGAAUAUUUUUAAUCUACUUUCUAGUGCAAUACUAAUUGUUUUACCUUGAACAUCUUUCACAUUUCUCUUGUAUCGUUACUUGCGAUGAAUGAGCCCACCAUAUCAAAUAUUCUGUGACAAUCUGACUUUCCUUACAUUAAUUUUUAUAGCUUAAGUAAGUCAAUUUUGUAACAUUUCCAUUGUACCAAAGACCAAAUUUUGUCAAUGCUAGGACAAGAUCACUUACUUAUAUAUGUAUACACAGACUUUCUGUACAUUGUUACACAAGCAUUGGUGGUUUGUUCUUGUUUCAAUACACUUUCUGAAGUGUUGUUUUCACAGACCUUACACAGUAAAACUGUAAUAAAAGCCAAGCAUAUAGGUGGACCAUGAUGCUCUGGGUGAAAGAUCAGUUGGUAUUGGUAUUGUGCCUGUUUUAGUUGGGGACCAGUUGAGCAUUAACUUCUGAAAAGUCUGGCUUUGACUGCACAAGAUCACCUCUUGACUUUGAGUAAAUACUGUUUUUAUUGACCCCUGUGGGGAAAUUUGGUGCGCCAAGAUGUGUAUAAUGAUAUGUAUAAUUAGAAGUUACUUUACCAUCACAUUUAACAGUUUUACAGUAUAGACAAAACAAUAAUGCCAUUGCUGGCCACUACAGGACAGCGCCCUGUUUUGUAAAAUUGGCUUCUCAUGUUUGGCUCAUGGAUGCACCCAGUCACUGGAGUAGUUAACCACUGAAGCCCCCAGAAUAUGUGAGAAUAACUCCAAGACACUAGUUUUCUUGUCUGAGAUUUUUCCUUCGAUUGAGCGAAAGUCAGCUUUCCUCACGUAGACUUUUGUUUCUAGUUUGAAGAAUUUGGACUUUCUCCCAGGGUAAAUUUUCCAUUUUCUAAGUGAAACCUUUUUUGAUUACAUUUGUAAAUAUUAGUCAAUAUGGUGGGCUUUUAUGUGAUGAAAUAAUCCACCAUGAGGAAGCUAAAUAGAGUCAAUACUUAAAAGAUUUAGACAGAGAUGCCAUUUUGUAGAAAUAUUCAUGACUGACACUGAUAUAAUGAUUAGGAAGUACAGAUACCCACAUUGAUUUUUAAAAGCAAAAUAAGACAAAUCCAUGCUAAAAAUGGUCAAGCUUUCUUGUACAGAAGCAAACACCCGGUAGUGUUGCUGUUGAAAUCAGUUUGUCAGUUGACAUGCGUAACUUUCUUUGUGGUUCGCUCUAUUAAAAAAAUUUUUUUUUUCGUUUGAAAUUCAGUGUUACCAUGGAUUUAAACACUGUUAUCGAUCUGAUUAUAUAAUUUAUAUUACAAUGUAAGUACUAUAAUUAUGGAAAUAUUUUCAGACUUCUUGCUUUCUCUGUGUCUUCUGUCAUGUUUGUGGGUCUUAUUCUUUACUUGUCAUUAUCAAAUCAAUAUGUGUUGAGUCCACUAAGUUCAUAUUUAAUUUGCAAUUUUGUAACAUCGGAAAAUUAUGUGGUGAAAUAAUUCAUUCUUUUGUAUUUUUAUAUUUAUUAACCAUUAGCAAUGUUUUUUUUUUAAUUUUUACCAUAGCAAUACUGUAUUGAUUUCAUGUGCAGCACUCAAAUGAUGAUUGCCUAUUCAAUUCUAGGAACAUAAUUUUUUUUUUUCGCAAUGUGAUAGAAAAAUGGGGAUACCUUCUAAAAUAAUAAAUGAAUCUAGCUG